AUGGCUCGUUGCGCGCCUCAGCCAGCUCCACUCGUCGCGUCGCACCGCCGUUUGCUUGUAACGUUCGUGUCGCUCCUCGCUUUGCUCCCCGCGGAUCGCAUCGGGUGCGACGCGUGGGGUCACGACGGUCACGCUUUCACCUGCGCCAUUGCUCAGGCUCUACUUACCGAUGAGGCAGCGGCAGCAGUGGCGGCGCUGCUCCCACCCAUGGCCAGGGGCAGCCUCCCGGCUGUGUGCUCAUGGGCUGAUGUGGUUGGGCACACCAAGGGGUGGCGGUGGUCAAUGCCUCUGCAUUACAUUGAUACCCCUGACUUCGCCUGCUCAUACGAUGAACGCCGCGAUUGCGCCUUCGCCCAUCACCCCGGUGUGUGCGUGGCAAACGCCAUCAUCAACUACACGUCCCAGCUCCUCACCUACUCCCCCCAUUCCUCCUCCCAGCCCAAUUCCCACUCCCGCCGCUCCUUCCCCCCAUCCUCCCCCCAAGUGGCUACUCCACUCAAGCCUGCCGGUCUCCCCACCUCCCCUCACCACCGGAGUCUCCUCUUCAGGGGGGUGGAUGAGGCAGAGGCUGCUGUGCUAGGGAGGGGUGACGCGGAGAGAGAGGGGGAGGAGGGAGAAGGGGAAGAGGGAGGAGGGGAAAAGGGAGAAGGGGAAGAGGAGAUGGUGAGGAGGACAGGGGACGUUCACCAGGUGAGGUUGGUGGUGGUGCACACAUAUGCAAAGGGGAAAGAGCAACGAGCAAAGAGUAAGGUGCUCGUUGCUCUUUCCCCUUACUCAUUCGUGCCCCUCAUGAUCUCAGUAACGUGUUGCUGGGCGUCUUUCCCCCCGGCCUCCAUUCGUCUGCCCCACAUCCCCCUGGUGCAGCCGCUGCACGUGGGGUUCACAUCUGAUCUGGGCGGCAACAGGCCGCUUCAUGUGGGCUUCACAUCUGAUCUGGGCGGCAACAGGGUGCAUGUGACAUGGUUCAAGAGGAAGACCAACCUGCAUGCGGUGUGGGACAGCUUUAUCAUAGCCUCGGCCAUCCACCUGCGCUACAACGGCAGCAGCACCUCCAUGCUGCAUCACAUCGCCCACCAACUCGCCUCGGACUGGCGCCCCCUCAUCCCAGCCUGGGCCUCCUGCCCUGGGGAUAAUCACACUUAUGCUGGUGCUGCUGCUGACGAAGCACCGACCCUUUCUCCUGCUCAAGCUGCUGCGUGCCCAGCUGUAUAUGCCAUGGAGAGUGCGAAGGAUGCAUGCAAGUGGGCUUAUCGCAACGCGACACCUGGAGCCGUGCUUGGAGAUGAGUAUUUCAAUUCGCGCCUGCCCAUCGUGGAGAUGCGCAUUGCCAUGGGUGGGGUGCGCCUAGCUCGUAUUCUCAACCGCAUCUUUGCUCCACUUAAGGCGGUACAAAUCGUCUCUCCUCAUCGUCCCUCUCGUCGUCCCUCUCGUCGGAUGCGCGAGUCUCUCCACCACAGCCGCGUGCUCUUGAAGCUGCUAUUCUGGCUGGCUUGCACAGGCAUCAUCACCGUCUACAAAGCCCGCACAGUCUCAGCCCACGGCCUCAAAGAUUGCGCUGACAUUUUUGCGGCAGGAGUGGAGGAGCGUGAGGGAGGGAGAGGAGGCACGGACGCCACCAUCAGGCGCCAAGCUGCCACCAAUGCUACGCCUGGACAUUAA